GAAAACUGGCAAUCACGUAUGUCGGCCGGCAGUUUGUUACAAAGGGCGACUCGGCAAGAAAGGAUUCUGCCGCAUGCACUAUUGGCAUUGGGCUUGCCAGACCGACGCGAAGACGGGGAAAGAUAUUGCCAAACGUCAGCAUGGCUUGGAACUACACGCUCGAUGGGACGGCACUGGCGAGCUGCCGAUCCUGCGUUACCCGCCACACGUGGGGCUCCCAGCGCUGGAAACAACGCAUCCGUUCCACUUCCGGCUGAACCCCGCCAUCAUGCUGGGCCCGCAGUGCAACCAUGACUUGGCGGCCCUGCUGCGUUUCUGCGAGCUCCCCGCGAACGAUGCCGACCUCCCGAAUGAGAGCCGCGCUGCCCAAGUGAAAGCAGCGAUGGCCGAAGCUAUGGGGGACCACGAAUAUUACGCCUCGGCGUACUCAGCGAAGUCGCAGCCGCACGCAGACGGCCUGAAAAUGACAUUGGCCGCAUCGCUCGAGAGGAAAGAACGCGCGGCACAGCUGGCAGCCGCGACGGACAUGGUCGAUGACCAGGAGAAGGCACGCAAAUUGUUGCACACGCUGGUGGCCGCGACUAACAACCGGAUGCACAAGGGGUUCCCCGAGAUGAUCAGUUACCUGUUAGGCAAGCCCAUCGCGCACAGCAGCCACACGUUUGUCCCUGUCUUCUUCGGGAAGCUCCUCGCGAUCAUUCGUGCCACCAUGUCCCAGACAGCUCGCCGUGAACCUGCCCAGACAGACCACAGCCAACCGCGACCAUAUACUACGAAGUUGACACCAGCCAAACUCCACAUCGGCGAGUUGGACUACGUGCACAGGCCGCAAGAACUGGAACAAUUUCCCUUCUACUUCUUCUUCGCGAGCUGCGACGCCAAGUUGCCCGUUGGCAAGAACCUCCCGCCGGAAUCUCUUCGGUGGGUCAGGGACGGUAGCCGCCGGCAGUACACGGCCGCGCCAGUGACCAGCGCUACUUACGACGGAGUGCCGCUCCGAGGGGCUUCGACGGACGCAGAGCCCAAUGGGGAAGUACUUUACAGGUACGCGUACUACAUCUCAUUGCGUUUGACAAAGCCGUGGAAGGUGCCCAUCCUCUACGGCAAAUUGCCUGGCCGGCCUGCCAGCGACGACCACCUGGACGAGUGGUUCCUCUAUGCGUUGAAUGUAAUGGUUCUGUUCAGGCCCUUCCGGGCCCUGUCAGAUUUCGCCACCCGCAUCACGUCGACACCGUGGCCGCAUGGAGAGAAAGCAUGUCAGGCAGCCGUCGUGCACGACUUCCGCGCAUGGGAAAUGUCGACCCGAGAGGUGGCUCGAAAGUGCACCGCGGAGACGCCCCCUCUAACCCCAGAGUGGUGGGCGCACAGAAUACUGGAGAGCAUUCGCAACUACGACUUCGCAUCCUCCAGGAGGCAAGCCAUCAGUGAAGCCGUGCCGUCAAGCGUGCAGAUGCCAUUUCUCCCACCGUGGAACGCCGCCCGUGACGAAGCAGCCCAGGCCGCCGCGAACGACCCGGACACUCUGCUGGAGUCCGACGACGACGGCGACGACGAUGCAAACCCGCCCGACAUUCCCUUGGACGACGACAACACGGGCAACGACGCGCCAGCCCGACGACACCGAGCACCCGACCCGGCCAGCCUCCUCUGCGGCAUUUUCCCCGCGGGCGUGGAAAUGGACGACGUGAUUGCUCCAGCGGCAUGGCAGAGAAGCACCGCCGCAGAAGCGAAGUACAUUGUCGAGUUCAUGCGAGAGAACUCCGCCCGGCUCCGAGCGCCGGACGUGGCCUCUCGUGCACCAGUAUUCGAGGAUGCCGUGCGAUUGCGCCCGGCCGCAUCUCUGGCGGCUGCGGACCGGCAAGCGGAUUUCUUCAAGAUGAUUGACGCCUGGAAGGCCGAGGCGAGUACGAAGCCGCAGAAGUCCACUCAGGAGACGCAGGAUGCCCUGCAGCAUCGACUCCAGACGGUCAUGGCAGACGGCCGCAGCUCGGCGUUCCCGCUUGUACCUCCGCGUACGCGGACUGCAGUGCUCGAAGCUUGCUUCCACCUCUUGCGGGCGGGCGUACUGAACGUGGUCGACAUGCCCGAGAUCAACGUCAAACAGGCGCGCGCGCUGCUUUGGAACGCUGCAUGGCUACAAGACGUCAUGAACCGCGCGUGGGGGUUCGACGAGCCCUCUGGGCCGACUGUCACAGGGCGACCGUCUUUGGCAGACGGGUUUCAACUCGCACUCAUGGGCCCCGGAGGCACUGGGAAGACGGCGGUUCUGAGAGUCGUCGAGGCAAUCAUCUGCUACUUCAACGGCCCAGACACGGUGCAGAAAUGUGCGCCGUCGAACUCGGCGCCAAGGCUUCUGAGAGGGGACACGCUGCACGCACUGUGCAAGCUACCGUUUGGCAACGUGACCGUGUCCAGUAAGAAAGGUCGCCUCACCCGCACUGUCUUGGAGAGCCACAGGAGCCGCUGGGAAGGCGCCCUCGCGUGCUUCAUUGACGAGGUGUCCAUGGUCGCAGCAGCCCAGCUCUUCCAGGCGGAGGUUCGAUUGAAGGCGGCCAAGAACUCCACCCAGGCUUGGGGUGGCUUGGGCAUGACGUUGUCCGGGGACUUCAUGCAGCUCCCACCAGUCGACCCCACGGGCGACAACAGGAGCCUCGCCACGGACCUGGACGAGGUCGACGUCCUGAAUGAGAAGGGCGAGUACGACCAGGAACAUAACGCGGACAAGAAGAGGUCGAAGCACGUGGAGACGGUGCAAGGACUGCAGCUGUGGCGCCGCGUCCGGAAAGUGGUGACGCUGGAAGUGAACGUCCGCGCCCCUGGCACACUCAGCCAGCUGCUGGCGGAGAUGCGUGCAGGCAACAUAUCGGACGCGAUGUGGUCCUUGUACACCAGUCGCAUCUUAUCUUCAGAUGACGCCCGCCCGCGCGAUCCCGCGUCGCCCUUCUCCACGAACCCCUGGACAUACAUCGCCCACAGGCACAAGAUUCGCGUCUACCGAUCCAUGCAGAACGCUAAGCAGCAAGCACUGCGGACGGGCCGCCGCCUCUACGUCGUCCAAGCCCGCGACGAGCCAGUGGACCCCGCCGACGCUCAAAAAAUGACAGAACAGGUCCAUCGAGACCUCCUGCAGAAGGUGAGCCCGAAAGAUACGCAGGACUUGCCGAGUCUUUUGCCCCUGUACAUCGGAAUGCGCCUGACUAUGUGCUCGAAAGACUGCGUGCGGCUGGGCCUCAUGAAGGGCUGCGUCUGCACGCUCCGCCACAUUGUCUUCGCCGACGGAGAGCCGUUCCAGUCGGACCCAAUGGACGAGAACGUCGUGCACGUACAGUUCAUGCCCGUUUCCCUAUGGCUGCAGGCUGACGGCGGCGACUGGGAACUCCCGGCGGCCGACUUGGCUGCGGACCUCCCCACGUGCACUGACCGGCGCGGCUUGUUUCAAAUGAGACCGACGUGCGGGUAUUUGCGCGCAGCGUGGGAAGAGGAGCAUUUCUCAGUACGCCGCACCACUUACCGUUUGUUGCCAGCAGAUACGAUUAUUGUGUACGGCGCUCAGGGGGGUACAUACGUAGCCGUGGUGGCUGACAUGAAGAAGCCGCCUUCCAUGGACGCAGAUACGCAUUGGCUUGCGUGCUACGCGAUGCUCUCGCGCGCUGUCUCCGUGGAGAGCCUUUUCAUUCUACGCCCGGCCACCAGGCGAGAACUUUCCCGAAAGCCGCCGAAGUUCCUGCUAGACGAGAUUACCAGGCUGGCCGAAAUGGAGACGUCGUCGCUCGGUGACCUCAUCCGCACUUUGCGGGACAUGACAGGAGAUGCGUUGCCCGACGACCUGAUGGAUCACGUCCUCGCGAGCGAUGGCGCGUCGCGCCAGACACCGCCGCCAACGCUGCUGCCGCAGGAUGGAGACACGUGGAGCGCCGGCGGCGGCGCGGCGGAGCAAGCGAUGACCCUGUCUGCGCUGCCCCCGCUGAAGAAGCCGCGGCUGACGGAGAGUACCGCGGCGCAGGUGCCGCCGCCGCCCCGAGCGCAGGACUCUGUGCCAGGGAAGGCAAUCGAUGCACGCGCUGGCCAUCAGGCGCAGUCCGGGCACCCAGCACCGAUGGCCGACGCUCUCUUCGGCGCGGCACCCCCGACGACACGAACGCGAGCUCCAAGCGCAACAGCUACGUCGAUAGUGCCGUCGACUGCAUCCGCCCGCCCGUGCGGCGAGUGCGGCGCGCCGGAGUGCUGCGUCGACUACGAGCGGUGCCCCUUCUUCUUGCUAUCACCUGCGUCCAACUCGCGCUCCCUGCUGCAGUGGGCACAUGGUGCCGCCCAUGCCGUCUCAGACGCACUGUGCACCCGCGUUGCAACAAUUGGGUCUUCCAUUGGUUCCACGAUGUCCGUGCACAGCGUCGAGUUCGGCGGCCGCGGAGACUGCUUCUUCUACAGCAUUGCCGGAGUGCUGGCUCGCAUGGUUGUCGCUGGUGGCCCACCUGCGCGCCACAUAUUGAAGACCGUGUCUUCGCAAGUUUUCCUCCAGGGCAAGGAUGCCGUCAUGCGAGCACUCCGACAUCUGUCCGCUCGGAUAUACCUGCGCUGGACCCCGGAGCAAGUACUUGACUUCAUGGUGUCCGCCUGUAUGCAGCACCGCGCGGGGAUGCAUGAAGACCUAUGGGUUCCGCUCGAUGUUCUUCGCCAGUCCUCUCUGGAUUGCUUCGCGCACGUGGAGAGCGUCCUCGCGUUCGAGGAAAGAUCCGACGGGAAUGCCGUUGCCCGGGUGGCCGUGACAGCUGCGCGACUUGGAGGAGGCGACCGCGACGAAAGCCUGAUCACUAUACCAGACGGCACGGCGCGACUGCAGCACCUUCGAGAAAGCAUUGCCGCUUGCAUGGCCCAACCUGGAAAUAUUCAUUGGGGCACACAAACAGACGUCAACAGCCUCAGCGAGGCCCUCGACAUCGGCGUCUUCGUGUUCCGGAACAAUUUACCGGCACAG